CAUUCUGUGUCCACGUGAUAUUCUUGACUUUGCCCUGACUGACAGUUCCCGCUUACAAAGCUGGGGCCAAUAGUCCCCUCACUUAAUUACGAAGAUGAAUGACUAAGAGGUUGGUGGCUGGAGCUGAGGUGCCUGAGUCAGGUUGGGGGUGGGAUUGUUCAGUAACAGGAAGUAGAAGUCUUUCGUUUCCUCCUUUCUGAGAGGGAGAAGGCUGAGGGAAUAGGGUUGAGCAACUGGUCCUCACAGCCUAGCUGGACUCUGGGUGAGGCGGUCCUGCCAUGAGGCUGGCUGUGAUUUUCUCCGGGGCCUUGCUGGGGCUACUAGCAGCCCAGGGGACAGGGAAUGAUUAUCCUCAUAAAAAAUCAGCUACUCUGCUUCCAUCCUUCACGGUGACACCAACAGCUACAGAAAGCACUACAAGCCCUGGAACAACCAGCCACAGGACUACCAAGAGCCACAAAACUACCACUCACAGAGCCACCACCAAGGGACCCACAACUGCCACUCACAAUCCUGCCACCACCACCAGUCAUGGAAAUGUCACAGUUCAUCCCACAAGCAACAGCACUGCUACCAGCCAGGGACCCACAACUGCUGCCACUCACAAUCCUACCACCACCAGUCAUGGAAAUGCCACAGUUCAUCCCACAAGCAACAGUACUGCCACCAGCCCGGGACUGUCCACCAGUUCCCCCCACCCAGGACCACCUCCACCCCCUCCAAGCCCUAGCCCGGGCUCCCAGGAGGCUAUUGGAAACUACACAUGGACUAACGGUUCCCAGCCCUGUGUCCAGCUCCACGCCCAGAUUCAGAUUCGAGUCCUGUACCCAACCCAGGGAGGAGGAGAGGCCUGGGGCAUCUCUGUACUGAACCCCAACAAAACCAAGGCCGAGGGGGACUGUGAGGGUCCUCACCCCCACCUGCUUCUCUCGUUCCCCUACGGACAGCUCAGCUUUGGAUUCCAGCAGGACCCACAGCAGAGCACUGUCUACCUGAGCUACAUGGCUGUGGAGUACAAUGUGUCCUUCCCCAAGGCAGCACAGUGGACAUUCUCAGCUCAGAAUUCAUCCCUUCGAGAUCUCCAAGCACCCCUGGGCUGGAGCUUCAGUUGCAGAAACUCAAGCAUCAUGCUUUCACCAGCCUUCCACCUCGACCUGCUCUCCCUGAGGCUACAGGCUGCUCAGCUGCCCCACACAGGGGUCUUUGGGCCAAGUUUCUCUUGCCCCAGUGACCGAUCAAUCCUGCUGCCUCUCAUCAUCGGCCUGAUCCUCCUCGGCCUCCUCGCCCUGGUGCUUGUUGCCUUCUGCAUUGUUCGGAGACGCCCACCCACCUACCAACCCCUCUGAGCAUCUGCCCCAGCCCCCAGGGCACCCUCAUUUCCUCACCGUGCAACUGACUCAAAGACAAA